AGGUGUUGUUUUAGAUGAAGAGAAGAAUGUUUCGAGAGAUAAUAGCGAGACGUUGGAGCCACCGGUAUCCUCUCUCCAAGGAUUAUCACCGAUCCCUUACCGUUGUGAAGACGAUGUUGCGAUUCCAGACGUUGUUGCUUCAGAUGGAGCAAAACAUGCUUCGAGUGAUGGUAUGGUGAUGUUGAAGCUACCAGUGUCCUCUCUCCAGGCAUUGUCACCGAUCCCUUACCGUUAUGAAGAUGAUGUUGCGAUGCCAGAAGGUGUUGUUUUAGAUGAAGAGAAGAAUGUUUCGAGAGAUAAUAGCGAGACGUUGGAGCCACCGGUAUCCUCUCUCCAAGGAUUAUCACCGAUCCCUUACCGUUGUGAAGACGAUGUUGCGAUUCCAGACGUUGUUGCUUCAGAUGGAGCAAAACAUGCUUCGAGUGAUGGUAUGGUGAUGUUGAAGCUACCAGUGUCCUCUCUCCAGGCAUUGUCACCGAUCCCUUACCGUUAUGAAGAUGAUGUUGCGAUGCCAGAAGGUGUUGUUUUAGAUGAAGAGAAGAAUGUUUCGAGAGAUAAUAGCGAGACGUUGGAGCCACCGGUAUCCUCUCUCCAAGGAUUAUCACCGAUCCCUUACCGUUGUGAAGAUGAUGUUGCGAUUCCAGACGUUGUUGCUUCAGAUGGAGCAAAACAUGCUUCGAGUGAUGGUAUGGUGAUGUUGAAGCUACCAGUGUCCUCUCUCCAGGCAUUGUCACCGAUCCCUUACCGUUAUGAAGAUGAUGUUGCGAUGCCAGAAGGUGUUGUUUUAGAUGAAGAGAAGAAUGUUUCGAGAGAUAAUAGCGAGACGUUGGAGCCACCGGUAUCCUCUCUCCAAGGAUUAUCACCGAUCCCUUACCGUUGUGAAGAUGAUGUUGCGAUUCCAGACGUUGUUGCUUCAGAUGGAGCAAAACAUGCUUCGAGUGAUGGUAUGGUGAUGUUGAAGCUACCAGUGUCCUCUCUCCAGGCAUUGUCACCGAUCCCUUACCGUUAUGAAGAUGAUGUUGCGAUGCCAGAAGGUGUUGUUUUAGAUGAAGAGAAGAAUGUUUCGAGAGAUAAUAGCGAGACGUUGGAGCCACCGGUAUCCUCUCUCCAAGGAUUAUCACCGAUCCCUUACCGUUGUGAAGAUGAUGUUGCGAUUCCAGACGUUGUUGCUUCAGAUGGAGCAAAACAUGCUUCGAGUGAUGGUAUGGUGAUGUUGAAGCUACCAGUGUCCUCUCUCCAGGCAUUGUCACCGAUCCCUUACCGUUAUGAAGAUGAUGUUGCGAUGCCAGAAGGUGUUGUUUUAGAUGAAGAGAAGAAUGUUUCGAGAGAUAAUAGCGAGACGUUGGAGCCACCGGUAUCCUCUCUCCAAGGAUUAUCACCGAUCCCUUACCGUUGUGAAGAUGAUGUUGCGAUUCCAGACGUUGUUGCUUCAGAUGGAGCAAAACAUGCUUCGAGUGAUGGUAUGGUGAUGUUGAAGCUACCAGUGUCCUCUCUCCAGGCAUUGUCACCGAUCCCUUACCGUUAUGAAGAUGAUGUUGCGAUGCCAGAAGGUGUUGUUUUAGAUGAAGAGAAGAAUGUUUCGAGAGAUAAUAGCGAGACGUUGGAGCCACCGGUAUCCUCUCUCCAAGGAUUAUCACCGAUCCCUUACCGUUGUGAAGAUGAUGUUGCGAUUCCAGACGUUGUUGCUUCAGAUGGAGCAAAACAUGCUUCGAGUGAUGGUAUGGUGAUGUUGAAGCUACCAGUGUCCUCUCUCCAGGCAUUGUCACCGAUCCCUUACCGUUAUGAAGAUGAUGUUGCGAUGCCAGAAGGUGUUGUUUUAGAUGAAGAGAAGAAUGUUUCGAGAGAUAAUAGCGAGACGUUGGAGCCACCGGUAUCCUCUCUCCAAGGAUUAUCACCGAUCCCUUACCGUUGUGAAGAUGAUGUUGCGAUUCCAGACGUUGUUGCUUCAGAUGGAGCAAAACAUGCUUCGAGUGAUGGUAUGGUGAUGUUGAAGCUACCAGUGUCCUCUCUCCAGGCAUUGUCACCGAUCCCUUACCGUUAUGAAGAUGAUGUUGCGAUGCCAGAAGGUGUUGUUUUAGAUGAAGAGAAGAAUGUUUCGAGAGAUAAUAGCGAGACGUUGGAGCCACCGGUAUCCUCUCUCCAAGGAUUAUCACCGAUCCCUUACCGUUGUGAAGAUGAUGUUGCGAUUCCAGACGGUGUGUGUUCUUCUUUGGUUUGGAAUAAUGAUCUUCAGAAUUCUUCAAGAAGUUUAUCAAAUUUGCCUAUCAUACCUAAAGGUCGUCCGAGUGUGACAUUCGCACCAAUCGUAGUAUAUUUUGAUAGUCCAGAUAAUUCUCAACCCAGAGUAUCUGUUGGUCCGAUUGCUCAUGAGGAAAGUGAUCUUGCUCAUUUUGAUUGCGAACAGUCGGAAAAGCUAAUUCACCAAGAAGGUUCCUUGACUCAGAGUGAAAAUAAAGAGAAUAUUGGAUCCUUUUUUGAAUCGACUGCGUUAUCUAGCACUCAAGACUCAAAGUAUCCAUCUCCAUCCACUUCCUCGUUAUCGUUAUCAAGAAUUAAACUUCCAUGGUGUACUCCAUACGAUUGCCAGUUUUUACCAUUCAAAUCAAAACGACCUCCUACUAAAAGUUUUAUACAAAGUGAUGGCCAUUUAAGACGUAGUAAACGACUACGUGUACCAGCUACACAUGAUAGGAAUAAAGUAGUUGUUUAUGAACCGGAUAAAGAUGAAUAUGGUUUAGUUUAUCAAAAACCAAUUGGAUUAGCUAUAUUACCUGACCCAGAUGAAAUUAACAGACGUCAAAAAUUUCUCAAUCGUUUAAAACGUUGUCAAAAUAAUCGUACUCAGUUUUUAAGAAAUGAAAAAAUCAAUCGAGCAAAACGCCUUCAAAAACUGGCCAAACGUUACAGAUCACUGAAAGGUGCACAGAAACCUGAAACAGAUCCAUGUAUGCGAAUUCAAUUGGAUCCAGAUGUUGAAUGGAUAUCACAUACAGAAACACAGUUGCCUAUCGGGAUCAAUGAUGCAUCUCCUUUCCAACAGGUGAUAUAUCCAGAAAAUGCACAAUUUCCUCCAUUCAAAUUUUCUACUAUGGAAUACUCGAGUUACGUAGUUCCAGCUUUAUCUGGUGCUUUUCCAAGUAGAACUAAGACUCGUAUACCUUGUUUUGAAAUGAAUGCAAAUCUUACGAGGAUUGUCAGUAAGGAACAAGAAAGACGUCAACUUCAUUAUGAUCCGAAUGCUAUAAAUGUAUUCAAAAUGAUGUCAAGUCCUCCUGUUCUCAUGAAUAAUAACAGUUCUUACAGUCUUUAUGCUGUACAGAUUGCGAAAUUUGCCAUUCCUUUAACAAAACCUUGUAUCGUAUAUAUUCCAAAAGGUAUACCGUACAAAUUUUUAAAUGCAACAAAAGAGGACUUAAAUCUUUGUCGAAUAAGAUAUGUUUUAACUUGAUUCUUUUCUUUUAAAUAAUUUUAUGUAAUUUUAUCCACUUCACUUCUGUCGUAUAUAUCUAUAUAUACACUUUUAUACCGAUUGUCAUUAUUUUGAUUUCUCUUGAAUAAAUAUAUUUAAAUGUAGUAACUUAA